AGCAGCAGCCUGGCCCGGGCCGUUAUUCCGCAGCCCGGGCGGCGGAGGGGCGCUGGCAGCGGCGGCGAGCAGCGCAGGCCGGGGGAGGCUGCACCGGCCCCCACCGCCGGGACUUUUAAAGAGGCACCGCGCCCGCCGCCGGAGGCCCGGGAGGAGGGCGGCGGCGGGGCCGGUCCCGCCGGUGCGGCCCGCGCAGCGCGCGGCGGGCGGGGGAGGGAGGGGCGGGCGGGGGCUGGGUGGCUCCUGCUGCUGCCGCCACAGCGCUCGCCGCCUCCCCUCCCCCCCGGCGGGGGCUCCUCGCUGCAGCCUCUGUGCUCCGCUCUCGGUCAUGUGACCCUAACGUAACCGGACAGGAAAAGCCGCCGCCGCCGCCGCCGCGCUGACUCCGUUGUUGCUGCUGCUGCUGGGCGCGGAGACGGCGGCGGCCCGCGCGGCACCAGGCGCCUCGGCGGCCCGCGUCCCCCAGAGUGUAAAAAAAUGGAUUUGGCCAACCAUGGACUUAUUCUGCUGCAGCAACUAAAUGCUCAGAGAGAGUUUGGUUUCCUGUGUGACUGCACAGUUGCCAUUGGUGAUGUCUACUUCAAAGCACAUAAAUCAGUCCUUGCUUCUUUCUCCAACUACUUCAAGAUGUUGUUUGUUCAUCAAACCAGUGAAUGUGUCCGUUUGAAAGCGACUGACAUACAGCCAGAUAUCUUCAGUUAUCUUUUGCAUUUGAUGUACACUGGGAAGAUGGCACCGCAACUCAUUGACCCAGUUCGGCUAGAACAGGGAAUAAAGUUUCUGCAUGCAUAUCCACUAAUUCAAGAGGCCAGCCUUGCAAGUCAGGGAACUUUUUCUCACCCAGAUCAAGUUUUUCCAUUAGCAUCUUCAUUAUAUGGCAUUCAGAUCGCAGAUCACCAGAUAAGACAUCCCACUAAGGUUACAUCAGCGACUGACAAACUCGGGCGAGACCCAAGGCCACAGACAUCACGGAUGAACCAAGAGCAGGUCUCUGAAGGCUCGCAGCUCUCGCAGUUAGCCACAACUCUGCCACAAGUGACCCGGACAAAUAUGUCCACUUCUGACCCAUUGCCAUCUUCUUUAUCUCCAGAAUUGGUAUCUGCUGCUGGAAAUAAUUCACCUUCAGGAGAAGAGGCCAACAUGGAAGCAUCUUCUUCAGAUGAACAGCCUGCCUCGCUCACAAUAGCACAUGUCAAGCCAAGCAUUAUGAAAAGGAAUGGAAGCUUCCCAAAAUACUACGCCUGCCACCUCUGUGGUCGCCGGUUCAAUUUGCGAAGUAGUUUGCGUGAACACCUGCAGAUCCACACAGGAGUUCCCUUCACAUCUAGCCAGCAAGGAGAAAGUAAUAUUUCUUUGUCUCUCUGUAACAACACAGCUGAUAAAGAUGCUGUGGAAGUGCCUGAAGCGGGGAUGAUUAGUGACAGCGAGCUGCAGCAGAUCUCAGACUCCCCAAUAAUUGAUGGGCAGCAGCAGUCAGAGACACCACCCCCCUCUGAUAUUGCAGACAUAGACAACUUGGAGCAGGCAGAUCAAGAGAGGGAAGUAAAAAGGCGGAAAUAUGAGUGUUCCAUCUGUGGUCGCAAAUUCAUUCAGAAAAGCCACUGGAGGGAGCACAUGUACAUACACACUGGCAAACCCUUCAAGUGCAGCACUUGUGACAAAAGCUUUUGUAGGGCUAACCAGGCUGCCAGACAUGUGUGCCUAAACCAGAGCAUGGACACGUACACAAUGGUGGACAAACAGACUCUGGAACUCUGUACCUUUGAGGAAGGCAGUCAAAUGGACAACAUGCUAGUACAGACCAACAAGCCCUACAAAUGUAACUUGUGUGACAAAACAUUUUCAACUCCCAAUGAAGUGGUCAAACAUUCGUGCCAAAAUCAAAACUCUGUCUUUACACUAGAAGAAGAUCGCUCCAUUCUGCUAGGUGGUGGGGACACAGAAGCCACAGAGACUGAUAAUGCAGUGUUAGCCUCCAUCAAAAAGGAGCAGGAAGCAGUGUUGUUAGACUGAAUGUGAAACCUGUAUCAAUUUUUUAAAAGUUUCUUUACUCCUUUUUUAUUAAAUCAAUUUUUUCCUCCCCCCACCUCUUACCUCACUUACCCCUGCCAUCUUUUCCACCAGCCUCCUUCCCACCCUUUGUCUUCAGCAACCAGAACUGUACUGGCACAUUAGGAAAUUGGACUUUGCCUCUCCCACCAAAACAAGCAAAAAGCUCUUGCAUCAAACCACAACACAAAUGAUUUUAAUACAAAGGAACGUGUGAAAAAAAAAAUAAUCCAGCUAUGUUGAUAGUAUUAGUUAAUCCAAAUUUAAUAGAUUUUAAACAAAAUUUAGAUUGCUUAAAAGUGUAUUUAGAUACAAUGAUGAGUGUAAUGAGAAACGGAUUAUCAGUUUGGUAAGCAAAGAUAGAUAUAUAUCUAUAUAUAUAUAGAUAUAUAUUAGUUUCCCUGGUAAAAGGCAUUUUGAGAAGAUCUGGCAAAUUAAACACCAUGCUUUUUAGAAGUCCACGUACAAGCUGAUUAAGGUUAUAACUCAAAACCCUUGGAACUUUCCUCAAUGAGUGCAAAAAUCACUGUUCAUUGACUUAAAAAGAGCUGAGGGUGUUGGGUUUCUUUUAGCCUUAUGUUUUCUUUCAAGUAUGCCUUUGGGUAUCUGUUUCAGAUAGCAUCAUUGAGUUAAGCAAAGUAGUUACUUAGUCAAAUUUUGACUUAAGUAGCUGUAAUAAUAAUGUGAUGGCAAUCUUUAUAUAUAUAUAUAUAUAAAAAUACUGUAUAUGUAUAAAGAUUUAUAUAUAUAUAUAGAGAAAGUGUUUGUGUGUAUAUUUGGUACAGGUAAAUAAAUGCACACAUCCUUUUUAAGCAACUGGCCGUCUACUCUCAGAUUCAGCCCAGAAAGUCUUUUAGUUCUUUGACCAAAGUAGUCACUGCACAGGUUAUUUUUAAUCAAAUUUAAAAUGUCCUGAGCUGUGUGCAUUUUUAUUGGCCUGUUGAAGAGAAGCUAAUAGGUAAGUAUUGUCACCCAUGCUAUACAAAGGAAACCAGAGAAGUGACAUACUGGUGAGCACUGUACCAUCAUUAGUGCAGCACGUGCAUGUGGUCUUAGCUAUAGGUUUGAGUCAUUCUGGAUGAAAGGAGAGAGAAAAGCUUUAUGGCCUUAGGCAAGGAAAGUCCAUGAUUUCAUUUGGUCUAAUGGCAUGAGUUAAGAGGAAGCAAAAGUGGUGCAAAGAUGUUCUAGCAACAGGGGAUCAUGGUUGUUUUAAUCUAUAGUGCUGACAGACAGAUUCUGCUCUAUGAGAGUCCUGUUAUUUUCAAAGCCAACACAAAGUCUGCAAAAACUGAAAGGGUGAAUUCUGUAGUUUUAGUUACUGCUGAUGGUAGCACUGCAUCUUUGUGUUAAAAAUCAAGUUGCUAAUUAUUAUUUUAUAUAGAUGCCCAGAUUUUUUGCUGGUAGCCUAAAAACCUAAACUGACAGCAGCAAUGAAGCCCACUGAGCAAUUACUGGGCCAAAAGAAGGCAUAAGUGGACAGAAUAAGUGCCCCAUUCUAAAUGGAGACAGUGUGUGUUUUGGGGGGAGGGGCGGGAGAGGGCAAGUCAAAACCACAGCUCUUCUCUGUGUAUACGUUUAAACUGAAUAUCAUCUUUUUGUGUAUAGUUAAGUUCUCAGAUUUGUAAGUUUUUAUACAUCAUUUCAUUGAAUAAAAACUGAAUUAAAUGGGAUUUGA